UUUAUGCAGAGAAAUUUAAAGAAAUGGAUGUUUACUACUAGUUCUACUCGUUUAAUAAUCAGCCAAUUGUAAUAAAUAGGUGGAGUUCACUGUGGAAAAUCUUUUGAAACUUUUGCGUUACUCGAUACAUAACAGUUUACAUUUAAUACAGUACAACACGCUACUUAACAAAUGUUUGUUUUGAUAUCUUCGUACAGUUUAAUUCGUUAAUAAUGGAAGGCGGAGAGUGGAGAAACAGUAUAAUUAACCAACUACAGGCUCGAAACAAGUAUCAAACUGCAGCUUUUCAAGACGUUAUAACAUUUCAAAGCCGUCUAUUUGACAAUGUCAACACACUUAAGAAUGAAAAUCUUCAGUUGACGCUGGUUAAUGAGAGGAUAAGGUUUUCAACUUCUGAUAAUGGUUUAUCAAGUGCAGGUGGUGGCAGCAAUGAAAGGGUGCAAGCUUUAGAACAGAAAAUUCUGGUACAGCAAGAAGAACUCACGAAUUUGCAUCGGAGACGUGGCGAAAGCGCUCAGCAGAUUAUAAAUCUAAAUGCUAAGGUUCAUGACUUAGAGAAACAGUUGCAAGCAAAGGAUUUAGUUAUUUCAGAAAACACUGCCUUGAUAGCUUCUCUUCGUGCCGAGAUACAACUUUAUGAAAACAAUAUGACUGAAUUAGAAGGACUUAACACUGUACUGAGAGACGAGCACCAAGCCUUACAAAUCGCAUUUGCAGCAAUAGAGGAGAAAUUGAGGAAAGCACAGGACGAAAAUCGGACGCUUGUUGAAAGACUCAUCAAAUACAAAUCGAAAGAUGCAGAUAAAAUGAACGAAGAGAACGAGCAUUUUCUCAAGUCAAGCCCUACCGCGUUUUUCAUCAACACGUUUGGUAGAGUUAGUUUCGGAAAAAAGAGCGACAGAGUAAGAAGAGAAUUGGAAGAAGCGGCCAGGGAAGGCGGUAGUCGAGGUAGCAUCGGCUCGGCGGGUAGUUCGGCUGAAGACAAAAUCUUAGAUUCGAUGCCGUAUUAUGCCACAACAUUGCCGACUAAAGUUGCUUUACGAUUUGACGCGCAUGAAGGCGACGUGAAUGCAGUAAAGUGGAGUCCGACGGAACGGACGUUAGCAACAGGAGGGGCGGAUAGAAAAGUCAAAUUAUGGGACGUGUCCAAAAUGGGCACGGUGGAGAACAAAGGCACGCUAGUCGGAUCGAACGCAGGCGUUAUGUCAGUAGACUUCGACUCCACCGGGGCGUAUCUCGUGGGCGCCUCCAAUGACUUCGCUAGCCGCGUGUGGACCGUCGCCGACCAGCGGCUAAGGCAUACGCUUACGGGCCACAGCGCCAAAGUGAUGGCCGCGAAAUUUCUGGGGGAGCCCACCAAAGUCAUCACCGGCAGCCACGACCGGACGCUCAAGAUAUGGGACCUGAGGAGUAAAAUGUGUACAGAAACAAAGUUCGCGGGAUCGUCGUGCAACGACCUAGUCACCUCGGACAGCGCCGGCUCCACGAUCAUUUCCGGACACUUCGACAAGACGAUACGGUUCUGGGACAUACGCACAGAGAUGUCCGCCAACCACAUAGUGCUGCAAGGGAAAAUCACCUCUCUAGACCUGAGUAGAGAUAGCAAUUAUUUACUGGCCUGCGUACGCGACGAUACGAUACAGCUGAUCGACCUGCGGCAGAACACCAUCGUCCGGACCUUCAGUCACGAGGCGUUCAAGGUGGGGUGCGACUGGUCGCGGGCGGCUUUCGGGCCGGCGGGGAGGCUGCUGGCAGUGGGCGCGGCUGACGGCGCCGCCUAUGUGUGGAACACUCAUUCGGGCAAACUGGAAGCCACCCUGAAAGACCACUCAGCGGCGGUAACAGCUGUAUCGUGGCACCCCCAAUCGGGACUGCUGGCAUCUGUGGACCGCGGCAAGCGAGCCGUCAUCUGGGGUGACUUGUGAUACGCCCUGGACGCUCCCUUACCCGCCCCUCCCGCUCCAAUGGGUGCAAAUUUAGCAGUUCCUUCAGAGAGUGAGACCGACAACACCGAAGUAUUCAACUUCUUUCGCGGCAUCACUACGGACAUAUUGCAUCGUUUCGCCUGAAAAGACAUCCAUGCACAUUUCACAUAGUUAUCCAAGAGGCCACAGACUUUAUACUCUUGCAUGUCAGUGCAGCAGCGCUAGGAACGUACCUCUUAUGGACUGACAGUCAAUUAAUGUCGCAUGCGAUAUUUUUGCUACUUUUAAUGAUUUCCGGCAAUUAUUGAAAAGUGUUCGCUUUUAUAAGACUUAUAUCCCGGUCAAUAUAAGUCUUAUGAAACUAACCGUGAAUCAUUGAAUCAUUUAAAAAAACUCUUAUUGUUAGCUUUUAUAAUUAAGAAUAUGCAACUGAAACUUUUAUACUUACUGUCGAUACUUUGAUGAUCAUUUUUAAUUUGUAAAUUUGACCUAAUAUUUGGCAAAAUGAACUGUGUAUGUAAAUUAAAUUUGUGUACAGUUAUACUUAGAAGUAAUUUAAAAAUGUUUGUUGGAUAUAAUCUUUAUACGUGUUAAUGAUAAUUGAACAGGACUAUUCAAACUCCAAGAGGAUUCCAAAUUAUUUAUUCACCUGAAAAUAUCCCUUCAAUAUAACGAUUAGCGUUCGAUUUCUUGGGCACAAAAUCUUAUUAGAUAAUCUUAUAAAACAAUUCCUUUGUUCAGAUACUGAUAGGUCAUGCACACGUUCAAUUUUCUUGGUCGUGGUGGCUUACAUGUUCAAAGCAUGCGAAACCCUAAAACGAUGGAGAUGUCACCUUUUUAUUAAUGAAACAGCAAAAGGACCGUCACAAAAUCUGUCUGAAAUUCAGUCUACUUAAUAUAAGUAUCUAUGUUAGUAGAUGGAAGGCUUCCCAACAUUUCUUGUGUGAGCCGCUAUAUUAAUAAAAUUGUUGCUAUUAUUUUACCUACCGCAUCCAACAUUGUGACUGUAAUGUUAUUUCAAGAAAUUCGUCUGGCCCGACAGGUUGGUAUGCAGUGGACACAUGGACAGUUACUAAACAAAUAAUUCGGUUAGGUACAUAUUGUAAACCUACAAUAUGCAUUGACACUUAGGUGCUAGUUUUCAAGUCAUUAUUUUGUAUGAUAUGCCUGCCUAGCACAUUUGAAGGCACUUUUAUAAUUAUUGAAAUAUUGAUUAUAUGGGGAGCAGCUUAGCAUAUUAGAUUUAAAAAGUCUUCCCAUUACAUAAGCUACAUUUUUAUACAUAUUUUUUUUUUUUAAGUUGGAUGAAGAGAUCAAAAUGUAACACCGAUCAGAUAGAUUCUCAUAACUAAGACAUAUCUCGCGCCAUCGUAUAAAGAAUAUCCUCAUAGAUUAUUUUCGGACAUUGACCCGCACUUUGUUAUAUCUAUUGCACUUGCAUAAUUACAUUAAGUAACCUAUACUAUUAAAUUCGCGAAGCUGAUGACUGGCAACAUGAGCAGGCAAUAUACAGCCUGACAGAAAAAUAUCUGAAAUUUAAAAAUGGCAAAUUCGUAGUGCAGUCCUGUUUUGAUUGACAAAUUGAUUUGAAAGGUACGACACGACGCUAUUGCCACUUUGUAAUUUCUACACUUUUUUGCCAGACUGUAAUUAUGAGCAUACAAUAGAGAUAGCAUCAAGAGGGUCACUGUCACUGUACGGAAAUCUAUACGUAAGCGUCUCUUUUUAGGGUUCCGUAGUCAACUAGGAACCCUUAUAGUUUCGCCAUGUCUGUCUGUCCGUC